UCGUCCAAUCAGAACGCAGCUGGGUGACAUUCACUCAGGAAAUGUGUUAAUUCAUGAUUUUCUUUACAAGUAGUAGUUCUUUAGAAGUACUUCCGCCAUCAACGCGAGGUUACUAGUCCGGCAUUUAUUCUGCAAACACACCCUCCCCAGUUGAAGGAUUUCAUCUCGAUUGUUCGCCUCCUCGUUUCUUCGCUGAAAUGGCCUAUCCCGGAUACGGCGCACCCGCCGCAGGAUUCCCAGGAAUGCAACAAGAUCCUCUCUAUGGAUAUUUUGCAGCAGUUGCUGGACAGGAUGGACAGAUCUCACCAGAUGAGCUGCAGCGCUGCCUCACACAGUCUGGCAUCUCUGGUUCUUACCAACCCUUCAGCCUGGAGACGUGCAGACUGAUGAUCAACAUGCUGGAUAGGGACAUGUCCGGCACCAUGGGCUUCAACGAGUUCAAGGAGCUGUGGCAGGCUCUCAACGGCUGGAAGGGAACCUUCGUCUCCUUUGACCGGGAUCACAGCGGGACCGUCGAGGGCCACGAGAUGCAGCAGGCCAUUAGAACUAUGGGAUAUGGUUUGAGCCCUCAGGCUAUGAACUGCAUCAUGAAGCGAUACAGCAAUCAUGGACGAAUUGCCUUCGAUGAGUUCGUUAGCUGUUGUGUGAGGCUUCGUGCUCUGACCGAUCAGUUCCGAAGGAGGGACACGAGCCAAAGUGGAAAUGCAUCAUUUCAGUAUGAUGAUUUCAUCCAGGUCACCAUGAGCGUAUAAAAGGGACAAGAAACAACUGGGACACACAAGCCUUUUAACAUUUUCAUAUUAUGUAUGUACUUUUAAUCAUUGUUGUACAAACCAGAUCCAAAUGUAACAUUUCAUUUUACUACGAUCUUUUUUUAAGUAGUCCAUAUUAUGACAAACUAAUAUGACUAUAAGUACAUCUUGCUAUACCACUAUUAAACACUUGAGUACCUGUGGACUGCAACAUAUUAUCCCUCUCACAUUUAAUGGAGUCGGUGUGUAAUGCUGACUAUCAUAUGUCUGUCAACGCUGUUAGAAAUAAAACAUUAUAGACUAA